UGGAACAGCCGGGGCCCCGCAGGAACCGAAUCGGCAGCCGGCGGCGGACCCUCUCUAGGGGCUAAGAUGGAUCUUGUACUCAAUGCUGCAGAUUAUUAUUUUUUUACACCAUACGUAUAUCCAGCCACAUGGCCAGAGGACAGCAUCUUCCGACAAGCUGUCAGUCUCCUGAUUAUUACAAAUCUCGGUGCUUAUAUCCUUUAUUUCUUAUUCGCAACGCUGAGUUAUUAUUUUGUCUAUGAUCAUUCAUUAAUGAAACACCCACAAUUUUUAAAGAACCAAGUCUAUCAAGAGAUUAUGCAUUCUGUCCAGUCAACGCCAUGGAUAAGCAUAUCCACGGUCUCAGUGUUCCUGCUAGAGGUGAGAGGUUACAGCAAACUAUAUGACAGCAUAGAGGAGUUUCCAUACGGCUGGUUUCGAUUCAUUGCUAGCGUACUGUCCUUUCUCUUUUUCACUGACAUGCUGAUCUACUGGAUUCACAGAGGCCUUCAUCAUAGACUUGUAUAUAAGCGCUUACACAAACCUCAUCAUAUCUGGAAGAUUCCAACUCCAUUUGCAAAUCAUGCUUUUCAUCCUCUGGAUGGCUUCCUUCAGGGUCUACCUUACCACGUAUACCCAUUUAUCUUCCCAUUACACAAGGUAGUUUAUUUAGGUUUGUACGUCUUGGUCAAUAUCUGGACAAUUUCUAUUCAUGAUGGUGAUUUUCGUGUUCCCCAUAUCUUCAGGCCAUUUAUUAAUGGCUCAGCUCAUCAUACAGACCACCACAUGCUCUUUGACUAUAACUAUGGACAGUAUUUCACAUUGUGGGAUAGAAUUGGAGGCUCAUUCAAAAAUCCCUCCUCCUUUGAAGGGAACGGACCACUUAAUUAUGUGAAGAAGAUGACAGAAGAAAAGCGCAACAGCCAUGCAGUAAGUGGUUGUAGAAAUGAAAAAUUAUUCAAUGGAGAGUUUAAAAAGACUGAGUAG